AUGUGCAUAUACUUAGCAGCGUGAGGUGAGGAGAGUGUGAAGUGUCGCGAGAUUUGAAUGCGGAAGCUGCAGCUGGGAGGAGAGCUGCAGGCAGGGUGCGCCCAGGACUUAGAAGGAGCUCCGAACCUGGAGCUGUGGACUAGAAGAAGGAGAGCGGUGCAUGGACCUGGAGGGGAGCGGUGACUGCACGGCCCGGAGAGAAAUCGGUCUACAGAAAUGACGGAAUACAAACUGGUGGUGGUGGGAGCCGGGGGUGUUGGAAAAAGUGCCUUAACCAUACAGCUUAUACAGAACCAUUUUGUAGAUGAGUAUGACCCUACGAUUGAGGACUCCUACAGAAAGCAGGUGGUGAUUGAUGGGGAGACAUGCUUGCUGGAUAUUUUGGACACUGCAGGCCAAGAGGAGUACAGUGCCAUGCGUGACCAGUAUAUGCGAACUGGCGAAGGGUUCCUUUGCGUGUUUGCUAUUAACAAUAGCAAGUCUUUUGCUGACAUCAAUUCCUAUAGGGAACAAAUAAAGAGAGUGAAAGACUCGGAUGAUGUCCCUAUGGUACUUGUAGGCAACAAGUGUGAUUUACCAACCAGGACUGUAGACACCAAGCAAGCUCAGGAGCUGGCCAGAAGUUAUGGUAUCCCCUUUAUUGAGACCUCUGCAAAAACAAGACAGGGUGUUGAAGAUGCUUUUUAUACACUGGUCCGUGAAAUCCAUCAGUACAGGAUGAAAAAACUGGACAGCAAUGAAGACAACAACCAAGGCUGUAUCCGAUUGCCCUGCUCUCUCAUGUAAAUAGACUUUUUUUAUCUGAAAAGUACUGACAGUAUCUUCUACCAGAAGACCAAAACACACGACCCACCUGCACAAAUCUGUUCUCAUGGAAAUGCCACUUAACAAAAUGUUAUACCUCGUUCACAGAUGGUCUUAUCACUGUGCACUUUUUAUAUGGAUGUAUCUCACCCAUUGUGCUACUCAAAUACCAAAGGUAAUGUCUGUGACAUGACUGUUCUCAAGCGGUAACACUGAAGAGUGUGAUGUGAAGAUUCCUUAUCCUGUAUUUCAGUGAAACUCUUCAUCUCAAGGAUUCCUGCAUUUCCUGACUUUUUUUUUCCUGCGAUGUGUGAAUAACUUUGGCCCCAUACCACUGUGCUCAGAGGAACUUCUCAUACAGAGAGGGAUUGAGUUUUUUGAACUGACAUAAUGUCAUACAUACUACUGUCAUCAAUUGAAUGGUCUUUGACUUUCAACAGAGACUUUAAGUUUACAACUGCUUUAGGACCAGGCUUUUUAUUCAAGGAUGUCAUUCCAGUAUGGCCCUCACUCCUGGCUGAUCUGGCCCCCUGGUGGUCUACUGGCUUUGAGGAUUGUUCCUCUUAACUGUAACGUACAACAGCAGGAGGACCAGAGUACACCUUUUUAUUAAAAGCGUAGACCUGGCUGAUACUUGAUCUUUUUUGUAGUAAUUCACCAUCUGCCUUACUCAUCUCGGCACACACCACCAUGGUUGUAUAGCAUUCAUUGACAAAUACCAGGUCAUAUUAUUAUCAGUAGUUUUCAUCUAUUUUCUUAUGCUAUACUGUAUUUGUUAUGCUUUGGUCAGUAUUUUCUGCAAAUUAUGGCAUUUAUUGUAUACAAUCAUGUAUGUGUGAGAUUGAGAUCCUGAAUCUGGACAAUCCUAUUGGCCAUUAUAGAAGCUAAAUAUUUGACUGGUGUAAAGAAUUAAGCAUGUAAUUAUCUGCUAGUAUAUGGCAACAAGGGUCUUGUAAGAACACAGGUUUCCACAUUGCUGCAAAAGUUUAUUUCUUUUCAACUAAAAUGUAAGAAAUGAACCAAGUUGCAGAAACUUUUAACAGGGCCGAUAUUAAGUAAAGAAAAACAUCCCUUCUGUCUGAUUGCAGAACAAAAGCGGCAUGUAGUUUUUUUUGUCUCAAACAUUUUAAAGGAAGUCCAAGGUAUUUAUUAUAAUUACCGAAUUAUCAUUAAAAGCUUACAUGUAAAUAUAUUGGUUAUACUUUUGUAGGCCCCCUCCCAUUGUUUAUUUGUUUGACACUGAAGUCAACAUUCAUGAUUUUGAUAAUCGCAGGAUAAACCUACCCAUAGAGCUUAUUGUUUAAAACACAAAUCUGUCAGAGGUUUGUGCCUAGACUAAGUAUUCAGAGCAGUGUAGCACAAGUACUACUUUGUUGCACUAGUUAACAAAAAUCAUAUUAAUGGCCCCUGCUUGCCCACCUUUUAACUUGGCUAUUGCCUCAGGAGGUGGGAAGGUCUGCCUAAUCAUGUAACUGGUGUGCUUGGCUGUGGUCACAUGAACAGGAACUGAUUCCCAUUAAUUAGUACAGACCAAGAGCAUCCCUUUGACUGCUUGGUCUCGGUGCUGUGCACGCAAUCUCAGCAUAGAAACCAAUGCCCCUAGAUGCAUGUGGGCGUUAAAGCCCACCCUCUUUGCCACUGCACAUAUGCAAGAGGUUAAACAGAAGGUUUUGCACACUACCAAGAAAGAAAUCUGUUGAGAGGUUUGCGCUUAGACUUGUAUUAAGAGCUGUAAAGCACAAUCACUUUGUUGCACAAGUAAACAUAUUAUUUGUAAGUAAAGUAUAAAUGUAAGCUUAUAAUACACUCUAUUAA